AUGUUAGUUACCUCGGAAUUUGUUUGGUUAUUUGUAUCAGAGAAAUCUAGGGUUAAGACAGGGCAGCAGCAGUAUCCCUUCUCAUAUUCACGUUUGCCCAGUCAUUCUUCACACAGUGCUUUUGGAAACUCUGAUGUGCAGAAGACUAUUUCCGGUAAUUCCCGUAAUGUCAGCACUUCACAAGAGUUGAAUGGUUUCUCUUCGGCUGCAAAGGACAACUCGAGUCCCAGUAGAGUAAUCUGCCCAACUGGAGCAACUGCUUCGACUUCUAUCUCUUAUCCCUAUAACAGUUCUGGCGAUAGUUCAAUCCCUUCUGCAUGGAUGACAUUAGAGAAGAGGCCAACUUUUCAGACCCAAAGCAGGAGUGAUUUCUUUAAGAAUCUGUCAAAGAAGAGUUCCUCAAAGAACUCUUGUUCCGAUGUUUGCCCCAAUGGAAUUUCAUGUGCCUUGGAGAAGUCUGAAGUUGGCAAAAGCACUGCCACUUCUUCUGUGAACUCUUUGGCUGAGAGCAGCUCUGUAAUUACUGAAAAUGCUGCUGCUGCUGCUGCUGCCAGUAAACCAUUGAAAUUUUCAAGCAAUGGAGAACAGCAGCAUAGCACCAACCCAGUUCUCCAUCCAGAUGAAGAGAUUGCAUUCUUACGAUCACUAGGGUGGGAGGAAAGUGCUGGAGAGGAUGAAGGCCUCACUGAGGAUGAGAUACAAGACUUCUAUGAGAAGUAUUUGAAAUUGCAACCGUCAUCAAAUAUUUCUCUGAGGAGCACGUCAAAGCCGGAUUCCGUUGGCCACUUGAGUGGUGGUGCUCCAUAAGGUUGUAGAUCAUCUUGCUGAGUAUGAAACAUACAUUUAGUAUUUAGGAGCAUGAUUCCAGGAUUUGGAAUACGAAAGUGACGGGGGGACAAUUGAAGUUCACUUACUCUGUUUCCUUAGUAGGUGGGUUGAUAGAGUUGGUUUUGGAGUAUUAUUUAUGAAAGAUAAAGAAUAGUUUACAUACAUACAAACAGAAAUUACAAGGCAGCACUGAUCCUUUGUUAAUAAUCAGUGAAACAAUCGCAAAAGCCUGCAUGUAGCAAGAAGUAUAUAUGCGGAAACAUAGUAUACAUAAUACCAAUAUUUUUCAACACUAACGAGUGGAUGCUUAUUAGUUAUUACAUUACUC